GAACCUCAUGAAGAAGUGUGAGCCCUACUCCAAGAUGGUAAAGGAGUUUCAAAAACUUGAUUCUCUGAAGAACCAGGAAACGAUGAACUACCACUGGUGAUUAUAGACAAGAGUAAUGUGGCUAUGAGCCAUGGCCUGGACAUGUUCUACUCCUGCUUUGGUAUCUACCGGGCUGUUCAACACUUCUGGAAUAAAGGCUAUCGUAACAUCAUUGCUUGUGUGCCAAACUAUAGACGACAUUCUCCAAGCACUAUCCAUGGUCAUGAAUAUCUAGAAAAGCUGUCCGAGAGAGGCCUUGUAUCGUGGGCUCCAAGCAAAUAUUACGAUGAUAGGCCUAUGCUUGAAGAAGCCAGGGCUAAAACUGGGCGGAUUGUGACAAAUGACAGAUUUGUCGAUUUUGGACCAGAGUGGAAGGAGACUAAAAAAGGAUGCAUUCCCUUUGAGUUUAAUGGAAAUCACUUCAUACCGUUUCCAAUUUCAUCUGAGGCUGUUGAGACGAGUAGUGUACAACCAGCAGCCAUGAGUGUGAACGGUGCCAACGAUGAAGAUUUGGGUCCAACCAGUGAAGCACCAGAUGACAACACCCACAUCUAGGCUUCUUUUUUUAAAUAAAAAAUUUAACUAUAACAAUGUUUAGUCAU